AUGAAGUCCCUGCGAUUCCUUGCCGCUGAGGGUUUCAUCCAGACUGGUCCAACGGCUCUGGGGAACCUCAGCUGUGUGUCUUUUAAUCUUUACCCACUUAUCUUCAAGGCCUGCUACCUCCACGAGCAGGCUGACUUGCUACACGCACUGGUCCAGACGUGGCCUCUUCCUGAGCUCAACCUACAAAGGCUCCUGGGAAAGACCAUCGACUGCCAGUUGGAUCUCACCUCACGCACCUGCCGACUUUGUCUGCAGGCGAUUCUAACUGGAUUAAAGGAAUAUGUGCUGUCUCCUCCACGAACUUAUGCCAAGUGCCUCCGUGUGGUGGACCUCACUGCCCUAAAAGACAUUGAGCACCAGCACUGCCCCUGCCGGUCCACCCUGGGUCGAUGGGCAAGAACCCAGCUCCUGACCCAAAUGUGCUAUGAGACCAUGGUGGCCAUGCAAGCCAGCAGUGUGUCCCAAUCUGCCUUCGAAACAUCUAUUGAUGUCCAUCUGAACGGUUUUGUCACGGGCCGCAGCUAUGAGUUGGUGGCUCAGGCCUUCCUCCUCCUCCGCUACUGUCCACUGAAGCUUCGUUUUGUUAGUUUUCGUGCUGAUUCCCUCGCUCUCAAGCAGCUCUUCUAUGUUCUUCGACUAGCAGAACCCGAGUCCAUCACAAAGCUGGAGGUGGUCCACAAUGUUCCCCUGGAGGCCACACACCUGGAGGUGCUGCUAUCCAGAGUGGAAUUUCCUAAACUGCAGUCUCUGACCCUGCCCACUGGGGCGUUGGAUGUUAGGAGGUUGGGUUCUGAUGAUGAUGACCUGCUGGCCACCAUCGGCAAUCUGCUGGCACAGCUGAGCAGUCUGACUGAGCUCUGUGUGGGAUUCUCCACUCUUACUGGACACCUACGAAGACUGCUGAACCCUCUCAACACUCCUCUGCAGUGCUUGGAAUUGGCCUACUGCUGCCUGAACCGCGUGGACAUGACUUACCUGUCCAACAGCCUCCACAGCGAGGCCUUGGUCCGCCUGGACAUCAGUGGACACAACAUCUUUGGCUCUUUCUCCACGUCUUUCCACAAACUGCUCGGCCGUUGUUCAGCCACAUUGGCCACCCUUGUCCUCGAAGAAUGUAACAUCGAGGACGAGCACAUGGAUGCCUUCAUUAAUGCUCUUGCUUGCUGUCAGGUACUGGAAGAGCUCAAAAUCCUGGCAAAUCCUCUGACCUCUGCAGCCUUGCGGAGGUUAUUCUCCGUGCUUUCUCAAAGCUUUCCUAAGUUAAGAUACAUAGAGGUACCAGUUCCCCGUGAGUGUUACUCUGAGGAUGUUACUUAUCCUCUUGAUGAUUCUGUCCUACUGUGUUACAACAGGGAGCUGUUUCAGGAGGUCAGGGGCCAGCUGGUGGGCAUCCUGGAGGGAGCUGGUAGGGGGAGUGUGGAGGUGUGCACCCCACUCAUGGGGGCCUAUGAUCCGGACAUUAAUGAAACCAGCAAUGAGCUAGGAGUUUCUAUGUUGAAGUCUUUUAACAGUGUCAUUGGGAACUUUAUAGGAACCAUAACUAAUGUUGACAACAGGAGAUCACUGGCUCAGAAAGAUAAUUAAUGAGGUUGCUUGUAGAGGGAUCAAGUGAACUGAUGGAAAAGGUUCAUAUUAGUUAUACUGCUAGUACAGUUUGCUAGAAAACUGUCAUCACUGCCAACACUGAAAAUAGAUCUAGUGAACGAGAUUUGACUAUAUAUUAACAUCAUCAAAAAGGAAAGAAGCAAAGAAUCAUUAUUUUUAUUUUCUUCCUAGAACCUCCUUCAGUCUUUCAGCUACACAGGUGUGCAGUGCAGAUACAUGUAGCUACUGCAGUGGUUAUGGUAGAUACUUGAAGUUUGUCUAAGAUAUUUUGUUACCUCUAUCUAUUGUACAUGUUCAUAUGUCUAUAAUCUGAUUUAAAGGAUGUAUAUAACUGGAUGUGUAUCGGUAAACAUUACAAAUUUGCAACAUGGAGCAGAUCCCAUUUUAACAAGUGUCAGUACCCAUGACUGUUUCAUUCUGUCAUACCAAUAAAAUCCAAUAUUAAAA